AUGAGAACAAAUGUCAUUCAUAACAAACAUACAUCCAACACGUAUGAAAAUAUGAUGAAACAAAAGUUAGUUUUAGUAUAAAUAAAUUAUUAGAAACGAAACAUAUCUCCGAAGCAUUGAAAUGGACGUGAAAAUUGAUUUGAACAAAUUAGAGGGUGAAAUGGACACCAAAGAGCCAACUAUUCCAACGAACAAACGAAUCGACUUUUCUUCCCUCACAAACUUAUCACAAAUUCCUAUACCGAAAUUGGGUGAAUCAUUGCGUCAAAUUCGACAGAACAUUCGUCCAUGGUCUGACUUCAUUCAGAUACAGAAUUUUAAGACCGUGGCCAAUGUGCAAAGACUCUCCAACAGAGUGCUAAGAAAUUUAGCACAUUUCCAGAGUAAUUAUCUGAUAAUAUGCGUCGUGCUGUUGAUGUAUUGCUUAUUGACAUCGCCUCUGAUAUUGAUAGUUUUAUUGGGUAGUAUGUAUGGUUGUUACAAGAUAAAGCAAGCCGCAACUCCGAUUACCGUGUUCAAAAAGCAGUUGAAUACGAACCAACAGUGCCUUGUCGUGAAUAUAGCUACGGCACCAAUUUUAUAUUUGGUUGGUGCGGGAGCGGUAAUGUUUUGGGUUAUGGGUGCGUCUGCAUUCGUAGUACUGCUGCAUGCUGCCCUUUAUAAUAUUGAUGCUCUGGUCACAGAAGAAACCGAAGGAUUCUUAGCGGAAACAGUUUGAGUCAAACUACUGAGCCCGUCUUGAAUCUUAUCAAUUAAUUCGAAAAUGAAAUUGAUCGAAAACUAUGCUGUCAGCGCAAAAUUAAAAGAAUAUUUUUCUAUAUUUGGAACUGGAGCGUUCCGAAACUGUUAUAUCUUACAAAAUAAAAUAUUUUUGAAGU